UUGGGACCGCAGUACAGAGAGAGAGAGAAGGAAAGACACGCGGGGAGAGAAAGUUUAAUCCUGCACUAACAGCUGUGUGGAGCUGCUGCGGUGUGUGUGUGUGUGUGUGUGUGUGUGUGUGUGUGAGAACUGGCUGAAGACUGCAUGCAACUUUCUUUUGCGUGGGAAGAAUUAAACUUUUCCUCCGAGUCCCACCGGAGCGUCCCGUCCUGCGCGUCGCCAGCUGGCCACAGCGACUGCUGAUUGACUUAGAAUCCAACUCAGAGUCAUGGGUAGUAAAACACUUCCUGCUCCUGUACCUCUUCAUCCGUCCCUCCAACUGGCCAAUUACUCCCUCCUCCAAACAUCCAACGGCUUCCAUCUUCCUGCCGAUCAAAUGCCCGGUAUCUACAGCUUCAGCGCGCUUCAUGCCGUCCAUUUGCACCACUGGACGCUGGGAUAUCCUCCAUUUUUGCCCCGCUGUACCUUCUCUCGUUUCCCUCUUCCCUCUAUCCCACUCCUCCCUCAGCUUGUGCAUCCAGCCAAACAGGAAGCGAAGAGCAAGCCGCGCUUUGACUUCGCCAACUUGGCCGCCGCAGCCACUCAGGAAGAGCCGCUGAAGGCCGAGGACCUGAGCGUGUCCGUUGGAGGUGGAGGGCACACGAACACGCCCUCCCUAGGCUGCCUACUUGACGUGGCCAAGCUGGCUUCGCCUGAGAGGAAGCCAAGCCGAGGGCGGCUGCCUUCCAAAACCAAGAAGGAGUUUGUGUGCAAGUUCUGCGGCCGCCAUUUUACCAAGUCAUACAAUCUGCUGAUCCAUGAGCGCACACACACGGACGAGAGGCCAUACACAUGUGAUAUCUGCCACAAGGCCUUCAGGAGGCAAGAUCAUCUCCGAGACCACCGAUAUAUCCACUCCAAAGAGAAGCCAUUCAAAUGCCAGGAGUGUGGAAAAGGUUUCUGUCAGUCCAGGACUCUCGCCGUCCACAAAACAUUACACAUGCAAGUCAAAGAGCUCAAACCCGCCAAGAUAAAGUGAGGUCACGCUGCAUUAGCCAAUGGGGACACUGGAAAGCCAAAGACCCGAGGACAGCAGCCAAUAGCAAUAGCAAUGUGACCAAAGAGUGAAAGGUGCAAGACUCAAACUAAUAUGAUAUCAAAAUAUGGACUUGUGGGGCCAAGAGCUCUUGUUGAAUCUGCAAACAUACGGUGGUUCUGAAUAAAAAUCGGAUUUUAAAAAGUGAGGUCAAGCUGAAACAGCCUGUGGGAUCGCAGGAAAUUCAGAACCACAAGGACUUCACCCAAUAGCAAGAGCCAAAACCAAAAUAUGACUAAAGAGUGAAAGGUGCAAGACUCAAACGGAUACCAAAAAUAUAGAUGUAUUUGUGGAUCGCUGUGGAUUUAAAGUGAAAUCCAAACACCUCAAUGACGUCAAGUGAUCAACUGAUAAAGUGGCUAGAAAUCCAAAGACCUACAGGACAUCAGCCAAUAGUGAGAACCAAGUGCAAAAAGAAACCUGCUUAAAAAGCAAAAGGUGCUAAACUCCAGCUUACACAAAACCAAAUAAUGGAUUUCUGAAUCCGAGAGUUUGAUGACUGUCCAAACACACAGCAUUUUGGAUAAAAACAGAGAGGUUGAGCAGAAUCAGCCAGGGCAUGAGGAUCCCAGCAGUGCAAACCAAAGAGACUUGUUUAAGAUGAACAAAGAGUGAAAGCUUACAGAGCAAGAGAUGAAUCGAUAUGAUACCCAAAUAUGGAUUAAUGGAUUGUUGAAGUUACAAAACAAUGCGUAAUUGGACACAUUUGGAUCUAAGUAGCGUUGGACUCAGACUUUUAGAAGCAUAAUCAUCUUGGAUUUACGGAUUUGGAGAACUUUGGGAUUUUGGUCGCGCCAGGAAUGGAUCAAAUCCAGAGGCCAGACUCGAGUGUACAAAAAUGUGAUAUCAGACUUUUCUCUGUCCACGCUGACAGAUCCAUCAGUUUAUUGUUUAUCGAUUGAGUUUGGUUGAUGAAGACCAAUUUUCAGAAGCCCACUGAGGCUCUGUGACAUCCACGACAAUCAUAAAUACGAAAAGAAAAAAAAAACAA